GUUAAAAGGUGGACGGGGCCCCGCGUGCUGCUGCGCCGCGUGAGCGCGCGCGGACCGGGGGAUGGCGGAGAUCUCCGGUUUCCACAACAGCCGUCGACGGGACGCGAUGGUCGGCCUGGUUUUUCGGGAACGGCAGGGAAGUUCGGGACCCUCGUCGGCUCUUUUGUUGUUCUUGAGGAGGCCACGCAGCCCCGCGGGGCGCGCGCGCGCGUGGGAGGAGAAGCGUCGCUUCCACGGAUCAGGUCGGAGGCAGAAAGAUGCGCCUGAGGGAAAGAGAGCGCGCGUCCUGCCUCUUUGUAGGCCGAAAGGCUUGAAUUUUCCGCCUGUUGAAGGACCGAUCUGGAGAAUCUCUGCCUUCCCUUUGCUUGGACUCUCCCACCCCUCUUCCCUCCUCCUCUCUGUAGCCUCCCCAGCUCCCCGGCCUCCCUUCUCCUGCUCCCUCCUCAUCGGCCUCCAAGAUAGAUUCCCUCAGGAGCAAGGUUGACCUGCUCAAGCUGCCCCUGGCUCUUUCCACCAAGUCCAUCUCGGAGCGCAAAAGCCAGCUGGGAGGAGUCUCCGAGCAGCACGCCAAGGGGGGAGGAGGUGGGGCCCGUAAACCCCGCCUACUGCUGGCCCGCGACAUGGACAACGAGUCGCAGUACUCGGGCUACUCGUACAAGUCCUCCCACUCACGAAGCUCCCGCAAGCACAGGGACCGUCGGGACCGCCACCGCUCCAAGAGCAGGGACAGCAGCAGUCGUGGAGACAAAUCGGUCACCAUCCAAACUCCGGGAGAGCCGCUUCUGGAUGCAGAGUCCACCCGUGGAGAUGACCGGGACGAUAACUGGGGGGAGACGACCACUGUGGUCACAGGCACCUCUGAACACAGCAUCUCAAAUGAGGACCUGACCCGCGCCACCAAAGAUUUGGAAGACUCCACCCCUCUGCAGUGCAAGCGUUUUAUUGGCCCGGUGCUGGGAGGCUGCCUGAGCUUCUUCGCUCUGAUCACGCCUCUAGCCUUCCUCAUCCUCCCUCAGGUCCUGUGGCGCGACGACCUUGAGGUCUGCGGGACGCCCUGCGAAGGCCUCUACGUCUCGCUCGCCUUCAAGCUCCUUGUUCUCCUCAUCUCCUCAUGGGCGUUGUUCCUCCGUCCUCCCCGCGCCACCCUGCCUCGGUUUUUCGUCUUCCGCUGCUUGCUCAUGGUGCUGGUGUUCCUGUUCGUGGCGUCCUACUGGUUGUUCUAUGGCGUGCGAGUGCUGGAGCCCAGGGAGAGGGACUACAGGGGCAUCGUGGAGUACGCCGCCUCCCUUGUGGACGCCCUCCUCUUCAUCCAGUACCUGGCUUUGGUGUUAUUGGAAGUCCGACACCUGCAGCCAGCCUUCUGUCUUAAGGUGGUCCGGACCGCAGAUGGAGCCAGCAAAUUCUACAAUGUGGGCCACCUCAGCAUCCAGCGAGCGGCUGUCUGGGUUCUGGACCGUUACUACAGCGACUUCCCCGUCUACAACCCCGCCCUGCUCAACCUGCCCAAGUCCAUUCUGUCCAAAAAGAUUACGGGCUUCAAGGUUUACUCUCUAGACGAAAACACAACCAACAACUCUACAGGCCAAUCGCGAGCCAUGAUCGCAGCUGCUGCCAGGAGGAGAGACAACUCCCACAACGAGUACUACUACGAGGAGGCCGAGAUGGAGCGCAGGAUACGGAAACGCAAAGCCAGGUUGGUGGUGGCGGUGGAAGAGGCCUUCACGCACAUCAAGCGUCUUCACAAGGACGAGGCCACCUCGUCCCCUAAACACCCCAGAGAGGAGAUGGACCCCCGGGAGGCGGCCCAAGCCAUCUUUGCCCCCAUGGCGCGAGCCAUGCAGAAAUACCUGAGGACCACACGGCAGCAGGCCUUCCACAGCAUGGAGAGCAUCAUCUCCCACCUGCAGUUCUGCAUCACGCAUAACAUGACGCCCAAGGCUUUCCUGGAGCGUUACCUGACCCCCGGCCCCACCAUGCAAUACCAGCAGCAAAACGGCGGAGGGCGCCAGUGGACUUUGGUGAGCGAGGAGCCGGUGACCUCGGCCCUGCGUCAGGGUCUGGUCUUCUCUCUGCGCCGCCUGGACUUCUCCCUGGUCGUCACGGUGACGCCCCUCCCUUUCCUGCGGCUCGGGGAGGAGUUCAUCGACCCCAAGAGCCACAAAUUCGUCAUGAGGCUGCAGUCGGAGACUUCGGUCUGAACUGCGUUCGGCUGAUGCUCCCCUUGUCUUUUGCUGUGUUCUGCCGGAAUAAGAAAACAUUGAAGAAGAGGAGCGCUUAGAAUGGCCGCCGCUGUCAAACUGUGAUCAGGAGAGCGAGCGGAGGCCUGUUCUCCUCACACUGCUAAAGCCGUUGUGUCCUGAAGGGGACCUUUCUUCCUCCUUCCCUCAUCAUCCGCUGAACGGCUGACUGGAGACAUAAAGUAUGAGGGGGGUUAUAACAGCAGUCACCCCCCCUCUCUGGUGUCUUACACGCGCCGACCGACUGCAGCUCUGAUGCCUGCUGGUCCUCCACUGUGGCAAGGGCUUGCUUUUGUACCAGAGGGACCGCUUUAUAUUUGCUUUGAAGAAUGUAGCAAUAUGUCUUUUUUGAUGACUGUUAAUAAGAAUGGAUGUACAUUCCUAACCUGUUGCUGUCCGUCACUCUGUUCACUUCUUAUGCAGCUUCUGGUCACACAGACAUGAUCAGCAACACUUUGGGUUUAGCUGCAGCAAAUGUUUGACCCUGGAGAUGCUGCUUUCCUCUGGUCACCCAGCAAAAAGCGGAAGUCUCCCCUCACUAGGGGGGGUCCUUCCUAACGUUGCUCUUACGUUUUCACCAGAAUGUCCGUCACCCGGAUGGAGCAUGUUGGCUUUACCAGAACAAAGGGACAUGAUGUUUUUUUGCUGAUCAACUCCUCCAUUGUAGGGCUUUGAAUGUUUAAAGGAGCUCAUUUGAAAAACGUGCAGCUCCACUUAAAGAGAUGUACUUUCAAAAAUCAAAGUUUGUUCGUCUUUCAGUUAGGUUUAUUAGUGUGAUUAAAGCAGACUUCUGGAUGUUCAUCCCAGCUCCGCUUCGGCCUCUGAAACCCCUCAGUGAUGCUUCAUAGAUGAAAAGAACAAACAUCACCUCCAUGGGAAUUUUUGCAAUGUUAUUAAGGCUUUAAUGGGUUUUUUGUAAUCAAAAUGACCACGUUCUGCUUUAAUGUUUGUGAUGCCUUUAUUUAAACACAAAAUCUCAAAUUAUGUCAUUUAUGUGACGGUUUAAACAAUGACCUUUGAUAUUCUAAAGACAAAAAAUACCAUCGUUUGGUUUUUUUUUUCAAAGUAAAGUUCCUAAAGAAUUCUAAUCAAGACUUACAUUUUCAAUUUUACUUGUCUGAAACUAUCCAGUACUUUAAUUUGGCAACUACAAAGAAUAGUCAGUGUAUUUAAAAACUACAGGAUGAAUAAAGAUGGGAAUCACAAUUCCCUGGAGAGUCACCUGAAAUCACAAAGUCAUUCCACUUAAGGGCUAGUUUUGACUUUAUAAAAGAUGCUUUUGGAGUCCUUGUGUUUUCAGUUGCUGGAUGUGGUAAACUUCCUAAAAACUAAGUGACAGUGCACGGUUUCACUUCUCUGUGCAAAAUGACCACUUAGCAAAACAGGGACGAAUGCAAACAGUCAGUAGUCCGAGCGCCGUCCAGAAACCCCUGUGACACCAGUUUAAAAAACCCGCUCAGAGCUGAUGUUUCCCACUGUUUACCUGCACUGUUCAGUGUGCAUCCAGCAGAGCAGACGUGUGAUUGUAACUCCUCUGAGCUGCCGCUCUGCUGCCGGCGCCGCGAAGCAGCUUUCCUCAGCCUUACUCUGCAGACGAGAACACGCCAAGGGCUCCUCUGUCUCACAUAUCCGACGGUCUGCUCAGCCUCAGCAGGACUGCUCUCUUCCCACUGGAGGACUGGGUUUGGAAAACCCUUUAGAUGUCUUUCCAGAAAUGUAUUCAGCAGCCCCAGAGUGUUUGUUGAAUGACCUGAAUACUUUUGAAAAAAUGCAUGCUUACAAGUCAUUUUGGGUGCAUUUUUUUUUUUUUUUACAUUUUUUAAGGUGCCUAAGUUAUGAUGAUGCAAUUUUCUGAAUGUUUUUACUGAAAGAAGAGAAGAGGCUUGUAAAAAGUAUUUGUAGGUCUGUGUUCACUUUUGUAACUGUAGUUUGUAUAGUGUUUUAGACAUCAAUAAAACCUUCUUUUCCUUAGA